AUGAACGCAAAACCGUUUGCCGGUCUCUUCAAGCCGGGAAACUGUUUCUCUUCGACUUUACCCGAUCGUUGUUUCUUUUAUGUUCGGCGUCUUAUUUAUUCAAAGACUAGAGUAAAAGUUUUCGACACUUUCGUAUUUCGCUCCUCUCUUCAUUCAGUAGCUAAGACAUCGUGCUGCUCUGAUGGCGAGCCUUUAACUGCUACCGCAGUUAAAGGCUCUCCGGUUCCAAGAACCGUCAUCACCGUCAAAUCCCACCCCCACGCCGCGAUACUCCCCCUCCUUACACCACCUCCCCCCACUGUGAUUAUCCUUCUUUUUCUUCGUUCCACUUUUCAUUAUCCUGUUUUCAUCUUUUCGUCGACUUCCACCAGUCCCAUCCCCAUCGCCGACCAGCCUACGCAAUUUUCCUCCUUGUCUUGCCCCCUCCCCCUCCCAAUUAAUUUUUCCUUAUCAUUUCCCGAUUGCUCCCCGCGACCAAUUUCAACCCCCCUCCACCCCGACAACACCCUAUCUACUUCUGUUCGCAUUCCCAUUGCCAACCAAUCUUUUGUUCUGCUUUUGCGGCGCGGAAGUCUGAGAUUUGGUGCUUUCUAUCGCCGCCAUUGUUUCGGAGUUCGCAAUGCACAGGACAGGAAGUGA